GGAAGAGAGACCAACAGCAGUCUACAUGAUCAGUGAUUGCACCUCUAGGGUAUCAAACCACUUCGCUUUUCCCCUCCCGAGCCUCACCCCAGCGCAAGCAAGUAACGAUGAAAUUCCCGUUGUCGGCGUGUCCGUUCCAGCCAUUGGAGCUUACUGCCAGCGAGAAAGACACCAUUCAGUCGAUUUCUGAUGGCAUCCUGACCGAAACGAUGGCCGAAUAUGAACGAAUGCUCGUUCAUGGAAACGGUGUCCUAGAUACCGAACGCUGGAAACUCAUCAAGCGGAAGGAGAACCUUGCAGCCUACCAGGACCGUUGUGCACUUGCAGUGACGCUGCAGGCCUCCAACAGCACUACCAAGCCGACCGUAGAUACCGUUGAAGACCCAAUUUCACCACCACCACCACCGGCACCGACAGCUACGCUCGGCGUUUCUGCUAAGACGCCAAUCCAGCGAGUGCUGUGGCACGGCACCAUCAACUGCGACCUCGAUGAUCUCAUGCUCGGUGUUGUGAACCAGAAUGCAGAUAUGUGGAAGGUCAAGUCGUCCUAUGUCGAGGACAAUGGAUUGGACUACUUCCUGCUCGCCUCGAUCAAAGAACGCACCGUCGACAAGCCAUUCGAGGGCCUCCAGUUGAAGUGGACUGUGAAUGACUUGGGCCCGUUGAUGGCAAAGCCUAUCAUGCGUCCUCGCGAUUUCGUGUAUAUGGAAAGCACCGGUAUCACCCAGUCUCCAACUACUGGGGAACGCAUGGGUUAUCACAUUUGCCACUCCCUGGAGCUUCCUGGUGUUCCUGAGCUACCAAACUACAAGCUGGUGCGUGGUAAACUGGAGCUCUACCACAUCUUCCGCCAGAAAAGCAAGGGCGUUGUUGAAGUCUACGUUCGCGCGCUGUGCGACUUGCAGGGUGAGAUGCCGUCUACCAGUGUAUCUCUGUUCUCGGCUGAGGCGAUGUCCACGCUCACGCUUUCAGCUUUCUGUGCGGAGCGUCACAAGGUCAUGUGGUUGCUGCACACGAUGGAGCCGUGCGAGAGUGGCAAGCCGUCGCUAGAUCUCUGCAGCGUAUGUACUAAGGACCUCAGCAAGAGUCUGCUACCGUUCAUGAACAAGGCUUGCAGGAUCUGCUCGGGUCGAAUUUGUGCACGCUGCCGAAUCCCCAAGCGAAUCAGCUUCCUCAACCGACGCACACGAGGUGUCAUCAAGAAGAACAUCGACAUUUGCACACGCUGCGUCCACACAUCCGCACACAUGAGUGCGCUUACUGUCGCACAGGGAGAGCUCGCGCUCGAGAAUCCGACAGCUAUCUUUUAUGAAUCUGCGGUCACUCGAAGUAUGUCGUCGGUCUCUUCGGCUUCCUCGGGCUAGAUCUCAAUCUACUCGACCUCCGCCGUGGCAUCGCUAUGCUACAGCGAUGCAGGCCAUUUUGUUGAUAAGUAUGCACGCGCGACUCACUUAAAAAUGAAUCGGUGUCGUGUGAAUAUGUACGUGAUGUUAACACCAUAAAUGCAUGCAUCCAUUUGCUGUAUUAC